AUGCGCCAGUCACUCAUCAGAUUAGCAAGUGCCUCUCCACCACUACCACUAUCCGUCCAACAGGCUUCUAUACAGCUCAUACCCCCUAUACCACUUUAUCGUCGUCUACUCCGUGCUCACCGUACUUUACCUCCCGAAAUGAGAUUCAUGGGUGACUCAUAUAUCAAAUCGGAAUUUCGUCUAACUCGAUCGACAGAUAAUCCUUUACAUAUAAUCGCUUUCUUAUCUCAGUGGAAAUUAUAUCUCGAUGAAUUGCAGCAGUCAAGCGGACAAGGAAGGGAGGUAUGGAGAGGUAAGAAAUUGGAUACGGUUAGUUUUGAGAAGUUGAGUAAGGAACAAGUAGGUCAACUUUAUGAGUUGAUGCAUGCUACGAAAGAUGUUUGGAAAUCACCCGAACAGUUAGAACAGGAAGCGAAAGAUGCUGGUAUAAACAGCCAAUAG